GGACUGCAUUCGUGCACGGUGCAACCCUAGCUGUUGCUAACGCCCACGCUAAUCAUCCAAUCGGACGGCCCAAAAUGGCUCACGCGUUUUCCCAUUCGGCGUGCGAUUGCUAGAGACGAGAGCCUCGGCCCUAGGCUUUCCAGUACCUGAUUUACCGGGAACUGCCGGCGGCAUGCUGGAACUUUCCCGACCGCCGGGAAUGCAGGACUGAAACUGAAUAUAAUACCUCAAAAGCAUGAGAGCCUACAGAAAUCGAACUCGGAAUCUCAUUUUUAUCGUGUUUCUUUUGUUUUGCUGUUAGAUCUGCUGGAUCUGGCGGGGAUUCAUUCAUUUGCCUCCAAAUUUGUAGUCGUUUGCGCUAAAAGAGAAGCGCCGCUAAAGUUAGUGCAGAUUAUAUUUCGAACAGGCGAGUCAGAAGUUAUUUGAAAGUGUACGUCUGUCUGCAGAAGUUGAGCGGCCAGCACAUUGCAGGUUCGAUCUCUGCUUUGCUCAAAUUUUACGGUCCACUAGUUCGAAGUGAAAUGUCGGUGGUGCUUAGUAGGUUACAGGUGGCAUGUGUUUGUCUGCUCUCGCCGACGGACUUUAAAAGUUGUUUUAAAUUGCUUUAGUUUUUCCCGGAUCUCAGCGCUCCGGUACGCGAGAGAAAUUCGCUGCCGUUUACUCUAGCGCUGAGAGCGUCAAUUGACGGGAGAAUAAGGCGUUUUGGCUCGGUUUGGCUGGUUCGCGAUGGCUGGCGAAAUCUCGGAGGCCAUCAAGCAGAUGAAUGCAUUUGUCGAGAAAGUUGACGAGCCUUUGAAGAAAAGCUUUCAGAUAAUGCAUCAAGGAUAUGUUCAUCAAAAUUUAGAAAGAUUCCUUAGGGCUCGGGAAGGAAAUGUUGCUAAAGCAAACAAAAUGCUACUAGAUUGCUUAUAUUGGAGAGUUCAAAAUGAAAUCGAUAACAUCUUAGCGAAACCUAUUCAACCAAGGGAAGUUUAUAAUGAUGUUCGAGAAUCUCAACUUAUUGGAAUGACAGGAUAUUGCAAAAAGGGCCGGCCUGUUUUUGCUAUUGGUGUGGGGCUCAGCGGAUAUGAUAAAGCAUCUCCAGACAAAUAUGUGCAGUCACAUAUACAGAUGAAUGAAUAUCGAGAUCAAGUUCUUUUGCCAAAUUCAACUAAGAAACAUGGGAGAUACAUUGGACCAUGCUUGAAAGUUUUGGAUAUGACAGGGCUCAAACUUUCUGCUUUAAGCCGCAUCAAGAUAUUGACUAUGAUAUCCACAAUUGACGAUCUUAAUUAUCCAGAAAAGACAGAGACAUACUAUAUUGUUAAUGCUCCAUAUGUCUUUUCAGCCUGUUGGAAGGUUGUGAAGCCCUUGUUACAAGAAAGGACGAGGAGGAAAAUACAGGUGUUGCAAGGUUGUGGAAGGGAUGAGCUACUGAAGGUAAUGGACUAUGAUGUUCUGCCUCAUUUCUCAAGGCAGGAGGGGUCUGGUUCAUCCAGACGUAAUAAUGAUCAGAUGAUAGAUUGUUUUUCUCCAAAUCAUCAAUUUCAUUUGGAACUUUAUGACUAUAUAAAGCAGCAAGCAUCUAUUGCGAAGCCUGUUGCACCUGCCAAAAUGGGUUCAUUUCAUGUGGAUGUGCCAGAGCAGGAUGACGAAGGAACAGUGAUCAUUCAAACUAUUGAAACUGCACUGCAUAGUAUGGGCAAUGAAUCAGAAGUUGAGAAUGGUAUUGCUAAUUUAAGAGUAAAUGGUGAUCAAUCUCUGAGAUUACAAACAACAGGUAGUAGAAACGAGGAUUAAGGUAAAGUGCAUUUGAUAUUCAAAUUACAUCCCAACGUAAGUUGAACUCUGUUUCCACUGCUGUUUGGGAUUCAGAAUUUUAUCCUUCCUUUCAUGGAUAAGAUUGAAAUUUCAAACGAUCUCCAGCAUGACAAUUUCUUCUCCAGGCUGGCAUUUUGUCCCACUAAUGCAUUGUAGUAGGAUGUCUUUUUGUGGAAGUAUUUCUGACUUCCAUUCUCUAUAAUUUGUGAAAAUGGGAGCCUUGAUUUUCCUACAUGAAUCAAAGUAGGUGGGAAGGAAAUUAAAUUUUGACAAAAAAUUGUCUAGAUGGGCUUCUUUGGAAACUUGGGGAAACCAAAAAGAGGCCUACCUUAAGCAGCUUCAAGAUUUUAACUACUAUUUGGAUAUUAAUGUCCGUAUUUUCUUUUGCUGGCAAAAGACCACACAUUUUGCCUUGAGACAUUUUUGAGGAUGGAUAAACACCUCAUAUAUGGAGAGAGUGUUGAAAGAUCUGUUGGUAAUUAAUUUUUAGAAGUGUGCUGCUUCUAUGUCAGCUUAUUGUAUUACUGUUA